GUGUUCAUCAUGUUGUAGUCAUAGUGGUUCUGUUUGUUCUUCAUAUAGUUGCCGCUAUGAUUGUCGCCGUUGCGAUGAUGUUCAAGAAUGUGAUCGAGUUGGUGAUGGUGUUAUGCGUGAAGGGAAUUGAAAAAUGA